AUGCAUUCAUUUUUACGAAGAAAUUCUACUGCCAAACAAGAUGGCGUCACAUCGUCAUCGCCUACGAUAAAAAAUUCAGCGUUAAGAAAGGAUGUAUCCACUAUUGCUGAACCAUUAGAAUCAACGAAUUCUGGUUAUUUAAAGAAAUCUUCUGGAACAAAUAUGUUUCCCCACGGCUCCACUGGGCGAGUUUUUAUGAAGUCGCCUCCGAUUAACAUGGCCUGCUUAGCCCUGAGAAAGUCUAAGGAAAUAAAACAUUACCUAUUCCGUGGAGCCAGUCCUUUAGGAAAUAAUUUGCGAGCUAUCGAUAUUCAAAGGAAUCGCGACCAUGAUUUGAAUUCAUAUAAUGAUUAUAGAGAAUUUUGUGGACUCAAACAAGCUCAUACUUUUGAAGACACACGAGAAUGCUAUCUCAAUAGAGGUAUGGAUAUAAUAUUUAACGUACGAAAACUGCAGAGAUUGUAUGAAUCUCCAGAUGAUGUCGAUUUAACAGUUGGUGGUUCUCUGGAAGCUCACGUUUCUCGUGCAAUUGCUGGUCCUACUUUCUUAUGCAUAUUGACUGAACAAUUCUUCAGAACGAGAGUUGGAGAUAGAUCUUUCUUUGAAGGACCUCACACUGGUUUCUCACAAGGACAACUAAAUGAAAUUCGAAAAUCACCAAUUUCUCGAUUAUUCUGUGAUAACGGGGACAAUGUGCGAACCAUACAGCCAAAAGGUUUCAACCGCGUAUCAAAUCUUUACCCUUCUGGUGGCGAUUUGCCAAACGAGCCUUGGAACUAUAUAGCACCUCAAGAGGCUACUGACCAAAAUUGCGGCGCCCAACCUUUGUCUUGUCCACAUACUAAAUAUCGUUCUUUCGACGGAUCCUGCAACAAUCUAAAUCAACCUGGAAAAGGAAGUGCCAACAGCCGUUAUGGACGUCUAGUACCUCCAAUUUACAGUGACGGUAUGUAA